CUCCGCUAGAUUAAAACAAAAACUUCCGAGUUAUACUGCUGUUUUAGAGGCAUCAAAUAAUGUGCUGUUUGAUCAUUGUUACUGUUCGAUAUACGGAACUUGAUCUCGUCGCUGCCGGCACGUAAAUAGCAUAGCGUGAAACGUUACGACAUGCCCCACUGAGGUGCAGCACACGCGAAACCACCGGCACGUAGGACCAUCACUAGGACCUAGCGCCGCCAAUUACGUAGAUAGACGGAACCAAGACACGCUUAUGGAUAGGAUAAGAAUCUUAAGCAAAUGCAUUUUAAGUGAUCCAACAAACAGAGCCAGCUAUAAAAAGGGUAGGACGCCAGUUACGUUGGUGUUUCGAGAUUAUCAUUUAUCCACAAGUCGAAGGGCUUUCGGUGGCGCUUCGGGCGAAUAAUGCGCAGGCUGUCUCACUUCCUCCUCUCCCGCCGUCUUCCCUCUCUCUAACGAUCUUUCUCACUCUCUCUGGUCUCGUCAAAUCUAGAGAACAGUCAGAAUGCUGGCAAUAUCUACCGUCUUGACUUGAUCCUGACUAAUGACACCCACUCAUCUGUUUACAUGCAUAGGUGCGCAAGUUAGUAGAAGAAGCAUGCUACGCCUGGCAGUUAACGUACCUCAAACAACUUGUGGCUAGCGACGCGUUGUAGUCAGGAUGGUUUCCUAUGAGCGGCCAGCGCCGCUAGCAUUCGGUGAAUGUCAGCCGGCGAGUGACGGUCGGAUCGACCUAUCACGACGGCGGCGGCGGCGGCGGCGGUGACGGCGACGAGGGUCUCACGUCGUAAGCCGUUACGGGGCUGCCUGUUUGUUGCUACGAUUGACCGAGUUACUGACAUAGUGGAGCGGACGCGUUCUUGUUCUCGAAUCGAGUUGCAUCUAGCCGUUACUGCUGUGGCGGUUCGGCCGGCGCAAAUGCUGCUUUCUACAAGCAUCACCAAUGGCGGUUGGCGAUUAGCGGCUGACAUCGUUUGAACAAGAAAGCACGAAAAACAGAAGGAUCGAAGGGAGGUCGCAGCCAUCGGUUCCUUUGUCACUGCGACUCAACAACGUAAGAUGGCGGAAACCAGACACAUCGAAUCGACUUAGAACAUCAAAUAGCUAUCAGACCGCCAACAGUUCGGAGCAAUCGGCUGGAUCGGUCAAGCCUGGCGAUACGUUGGGUUUUUGCUGGAGCUGAUGUCGCACGUUACGGUGUUUGCUCCAGUCGACUACGGGCCAUUGGCGCCUCUUCUUAGUUGACGCGUUGAUUCGUACCGGCAUCGAACGCUUUACACAGAACGAACCAGUGGGAAGAGGGGCAGCAGCAGCAGCAGCAGCAGUAGUCAUAGACAAUGUGUAUCGACCAGUGGCCAAACAAAGCGACAACUUGAGUGGUGGCGGCAACAGUAUUUCACUGCGUACCCAGAGUUAUUUGGCGAUUGUCACACUUGGUUCUUUCGAAGAUCUUCUCGUUCGUGCCGACAGUUUCCAUGAAACGUCCGCAAACAAGAUAAACAGCUGGAAUAAAUCACUAGUAAAUUACUAGAGCUGUAGCUCGGCGCGUCCGCGAUUGAAUUGUUCGAACCUGUCGUUUAAUUGUUGUUAUGUCAAUGUAAAGCCUUGAUGUUAUGGUAGAAAAAAGCGUGAUUGUUGUAACGGGAAAAACAAGAGAAUUAGUGAAUGUGCUAUAAUAAUGUGUUCGAGCAUAGUCAAUUUCGCCUUCAGUAAUCAACCCAACGGCGUGUGAGAGCGAUUUAGAACGUGGUUGCUGUGGCAAAAAAAGCCCCUUGCUCGUGUACUAUCAUCGAAAGCUAUUGGAAGGAUAGAAUUGUGCUGAACGGUAGUGAUCCAUUUCCAGCUGGCGUCAAAUCACCUAUCGUUGGUCGAAGGCAAAGAAUAUGACGGGGAAAACUGAGUCGCCACGACGUAUCCAGGUGCGAAAUAUCUGCUGUUUAGGCGCGGGCUACGUUGGUGGUCCAACCUGUUCCGUUAUUGCAUUGAAGUGUCCCCACAUUCGGGUUACCGUGGCAGAUCCCAACGAGGCUCGCAUUGCCCAAUGGAACUCGGAUAAGCUGCCCAUCUAUGAACCUGACCUCGAUACUAUCGUGGCGGGAUGCCGCGGUCGGAAUUUAUUUUUCUCGACCGAUCUAGCCCGCUGCAUCCAAGAGGCUGAUCUAAUAUUUAUUUCUGUUAAUACCCCAACAAAAACGUACGGAUUCGGAAAGGGGAGAGCUGCAGAUCUGCGCUUCGUCGAGAGUGCGGCUCGCGCCAUAGCAGAGUACGCGAAGUCGUACAAAAUUGUCGUAGAAAAGUCCACCGUUCCGGUGACUGCGGCAGAGAGCAUUCUGAAGAUACUUCGAGCAAAUGGAAAAGAUGGAGCCACGUUCCAGGUGUUGUCAAAUCCCGAGUUCCUUGCCGAAGGCACUGCCGUUUCGGAUUUGUUGAACCCAGAUCGAAUCCUCAUCGGAGGAGAAAAGACCGCUGACGGACUCGCAGCUAUCGAAAGCCUUUGCGAUGUGUAUCGCAAUUGGGUAGCCGAAGAGAAGAUCAUUACUAUGAAUACUUGGUCUUCUGAGCUAUCGAAACUAGCCGCCAAUGCGUUACUUGCCCAAAGAAUCAGUUCGAUCAAUGCCAUGAGCGCUAUCUGUGAAGAAACCGGAGCCGACGUUCAAGAAGUAUCUCAUGCAAUUGGGGCUGACUCUCGAAUCGGCUCGAAAUUUCUCCAAGCUUCGGUUGGCUUCGGGGGAAGCUGUUUUCAAAAAGAUGUGCUUAACCUCGUAUAUAUCAGCGAAUGCCUCCACCUUCAGGAAGUGGCAAACUACUUCUACCAGAUAAUAGAAAUCAAUAACUUUCAACGGACCCGAUUCGCGCGCCGUAUCACGCGCGGAAUGUUCGAUACCGUGGCUGGCAAACACAUCGCUAUAUUUGGUUUUUCAUUUAAGAAAAAUACGGCUGACACUCGGGAAAGUGCUGCAAUUUAUGUCUGUCAGCAACUGAUCGAGGAGGGUGCACGGUUACGUAUUUUCGAUCCGAAGGUCAAGCACCAGCAGGUGAUAAGUGAUCUUAAUGACGCAACUGAAAAAGAAGACACAGUUAGUAAACAGGUUGAAGUAGUUUCGUGUCCUUACGAGGCUGCGCAGGGUGCACACGCCAUUGCAGUUUGUACCGAAUGGGACAUUUUUAAGGAUCUCGAUUAUCAGCGUAUAUAUUCGGAAAUGAUGAAACCGCCGUUCAUCUUCGAUGGACGACGUAUCUUAGAUGAUGUCAAGCUGCGUGACAUUGGAUUUCACGUUGAAGUUAUUGGACAGCGUGCUAACAGCAAAUGUACCGGGCUGAGUAAUGGGCACUAAUAAGGUCAAAGUUCAGUAAUGUAUGGAUCCGGUACGUGAAACGAUGCUAUUACUAAGCAAAUAUAUGAACCUAAGGCAGAAUAGUGUAUGCGCGUAUUUUUACAGUAUUAUUAAGAAAUGUAUUCGUCAAACUGAAUAAAUAACGGUGGACUUUGGAUUGUGCAGUAUCGAAUUGACAUGGACUUCGUUCCUUUUGUAAUAAAUGAAGUCAGAAACACCAUAAAUAUAUCAAAUUGAACGUUAGUGGUAGAAUAAGAGGAAGAAUGGUUUAUGUGAAGGAGCAAGAGAGGUAAGCUUAUGUAGUAGAGGGGCUUUCAAAACGAGAAAAAGAAACUACAGCACGUAUAUUUCAGCAAAAGGAUGCAAUAUAAACAUUCUCAUAAUACAAGAGAAUAAGAUCGCACGAAAUCUUCAAGGACCAGUCUUAUAUAAACAUAUAUAUUUAUUAUACCAUACCAAGAUAAAAUGUGAACAUGACGCUUAAUAAAGACAAACGAAAU